AUGUGGACCACUGGAAUUUUUGCAUAUUUCGGCGUCUCUGUUCUCGUAUGUGCAACGAGCAUCGACAGAAGUUUAGAGGACAAAGGCCGCGUUGAGUUUCUCAGAGCGCGUGAACUGGCGGCGCAACCCCGCUAUGGCGCGUGCUGGUCCCGCGCGCUGAAGUACAUUCAGUCAAGCUGCAGUCAGUUCAAUGAGGAUGUGCAGAGCAAAAUUGCGCUGUCCUUCACACACUGCCACCUGCAAAGGUCAGGUCGUGCUUUUCCAGAGUGUCCUGAAAAUAGUGACGUCAAAACAUGCACACAGGACAUGGACUCUGUUGCCUUCAACACGUACACUGAGUUUUUCACUCAUGCACAUAGUAUAUGUCAUUAUUUGCAGAGUGAACGCUGGCAACACAGAGCAGAAAACACCAUUCACAGGCUCACCGAGAGUUCAGCUGGGGUGGCGGAGCAGUUGACAUCCACCCAGCGGAUGGCAGAAGAUCUGGUUAUAGCCCAAAGCGCGGCGCUCAAGUCCCAGGAGACCAUCCUACGCAAUGGAGAAGAGCUAAAGAGCACGCUGCAGGACUCGACACAAGGUUUGAGAGAUGUGUUUGCAGAAAUGAGGCAUUCUGCUCAGGAGCAGCAGGUGGCGUUUGCCGAGAUCUUUAACCGUGUGGCUUUUCUCCAGAGCUUCAUCAUGUCCGAGACCCACACAUUCAGUUCCCUCUUCUACAACGCUCUGGGCAUCGUCGCCUCUUUUUUUCUGACCUCUGUGCAGCGUACAGCUGGUGCCAGAUUUUUUCUUUUCGGAAUCGUGGCUUUGAAUGUGUAUCUGGAAAGGAUGAUCUGUCGGAUGGUUUUGGAAAAUGAGGAUGAAGGUUAUCAACAGAUGGAGAGAAUCACCUUUUCAGUUGGAAUCCUAAGAAGAGCUAUGAUUCUAAUCGGUUGUCUCAUUCUGCUUUACUUCGCUCUGCGGUAUCGGAACAUCAGCAGAGAAAGUCUGGAGAUUCUGCGAGAGCUUAAGGAGACUCGCUCUGACCUUCAGCAGGCCCUCCAGAGAGCAGAAUGUCUGUCGACAUCUGUGGAUGAAUGGAAGAGAACCAGACGAAAUCGCUGGGAAUGCAAGCAGGAAGAUAGCGAUGGCAGUUUAGUUAUUUUACAUCCCUCUAGUGUUGUGAAUUCAGCUCUGUCGACAUUCUCGGGCUCUCGUGACAGCCAGCAUUGUGAGAGCUUUUCUCCAUCGCUGGAGACAAAGAGUACCACAGAACCCACGAGACGCAAGCGACGCACUUCAGGGUCUCGUGUGCGGCCGUCUGCCGCUGUGGUGUACAGUGUGCUGGUGGAUGAUGAUCAGGUGCUGUAAAACAACAUGAAUACAUUUGAACUAUUUUUUUUUUUAAAGAAAAUUCUUCUGUCAUGAUUGACCUAUAUGUUUCUCCAAACCCUUUUUUCCCUGUCGAACACUAAAUACAAAUUUAGAAACGGCACCUUUUAUACACAGAGUUCACACUGACCAAGUGUGUUAGGGGCCAUUCACACUAUGGAUGAUAAAUAUAACGAUUUAAAAUAUUUUUUGUGUUGUUUUUUGGCACUGAUCUAAGAUGACAACAUACUCGCAGCUUCUCUCAUCUCCCUCGACUUAGUGUCCCUUUUGCAAAACAUAAAACAUCAGCAGGUCAUCUGUAUCCGUCUUUGUAACCGCAACACAUGUAUGAGCUUAAAAUUAACACAACAUAAUCAUUAUCAAUCACCCGCUGG